UAUCAGCAAAUGAGGCACCACGAAUGUUUUAUCAGCAUCCGAUUGCUCUUUUCUAUCCGCAAACAUUACUCUUAGCGCAUGAAAUUCCAAUUCGUGAAAUUGUUUGAUUAUUGUAAACGUUGGACAAAAGUGAAAAAGAAUUCAAAACAAAAUAAAAUACAAAAAAACUGAGAAAUACCAUUAGUUUUACAUAAAACAAAUAUGGUGCUCAUAAAAGAAUUAAAUCAAAAAAUUGUUAUUGCUGCCAUACUUGUGUCGUUUGGCUUGAUUGUCGGUUCGAUAUACCUUCACAUACGACAGAAACACCAUUUCGGACGUUUAAAUAUCGGCGAUGAUCGAGUGCAUCCAACGACUGGUGUUGAUAUUUUCCCCAAGGAUGGAGAUGAUACCGGCAGUACAGAAAGUGUCAUAAAAUCAACUAAACAAUUUAUUCAAAACAUAGAGGAGGAUUAUAGUUCGGCAAACAGUGGGGAAUAUGCAAAUGAUGAAUCCUAUACAACUAUGUCACAAUAUGGCGGCAUGAAUUCUGCGGAGCAAUCGGAUGAAUUCACAUCAUCCGAUUCAUAUGUGGUGGACAAUGAUUAUGCCAAUGACUACAGCACUGCGUCCAAUGUGCAAUCAUUCUCUGGGAAUGCCAUGGAUGUCAUAUCGGAUAAAUGUUUAAAAUGUCUUUGCGUAACAGCAAGUGAUUGUCGUCCAGUCAAAUGUCAAACUACAGAUCCUUGUGGCGUUUAUGGUAUAUCAAAACUAUAUUGGAUUGAUGGUGGGAAACAAGUUGUAAAGGAUAAACGAAGCAUGAAUAACACAGAAGAGGAGGAGCAUAACGAUUAUUUACGAUGUGUCGUCAAUGACGCGUGUGCAAAAAAUACAAUAAAUUCUUAUCUUAAACGAUAUCGCAGAGAUUGUAAUAAAGAUGGAGUUAUUGACUGUGCUGAUUUUAUAUCUCUGCAUGUGUUUGGACCAUCUGGAUGUACAUACCAGAAGUUCCCUCUAAUACAAAAAUUUCGAAUGAAUCAGUGUCUCAAAGAAAUGAAUUUAACUUCCAUUACAUUAAACAUCAAAAUGCUAACAUCACAAAGGAAACAACAACUGUCCAUAGCCGUCACAUCAAUAUGUCUAAUCCUAGUUAUUGGAAUGGCAUUUCGACAUUUUGGACAUGGGACACAUUUCAAUCAUAAAGUCAAAUUAGUAUCUGAAAAAAUGAAAGCAAAAGAGGCAACAAGUGAAAAUGUUAAGAUAAUAUUAUUGGAAAAUAUGACAAACGGUAGUAAUGGAACACGUCGUAAGUCUAGUGAUAACAAGAUACAGCCUAUGGAUGAGCAGUGCAUGCAUUGUCUUUGUACAACCAUCAAUGAUUGCAAGCCGGUGAAAUGUUUGAAAACGUAUACAUGUGGAAUAUUUGAAAUUUCCCACAGCUAUUGGAUGGAUAGUGGUAAAACAGUACUUAAUGGCAAUUUGAAUUAUUAUACUGGUGGCGAAGAGGAAUUCCGAGACUAUCUUCAAUGUAUUAAUGACGACAAAUGUUCCCGUGAAACUGUUAUUAAAUAUAUGCAACGCUUCCAGGAGGACUGUAAUAAGGAUGGUGUGAUUGACUGUUACGAUUAUAUUGCACUUCAUUUGCUUGGCCCCAAGGGUUGUAAGACACAACCUCUUGCCGCGUAUCACAAAAUGCGAAUGCAUUUAUGCUUGAAAUGAUUCAUUGGAUUAAGCUACACUUAUAUUGAUAGAUAAAAUUAUAUAAAACACAGUACCAUAC